UAAAUUUUGAGUUUCCCCUUUGUUUGAUUGUUGUAAUGUUCGUUGCUGUAUUGUUAAAUUUAAUUGAUAAUGGAUAGAAAUAGUAAGCCACCAGUGAGUAAAUAUUUAGAUACAUUUUUUCUUGAUGGUGCUCAAAAAUCAGAGGAUAGAUGGAGUGGAAAUUAUAAAGGAAGUGGAGUAUCUCCCAAAACCGAUGAUACUUCCAAAUAUGCUCAGAAUAAUGCUGUACAUGGUGAGGUGCAGGAAAUGUUUUGUAAUGACGUUUUAGAUGACAUUUGGGGAUCUGAUUUUCCUGAAGAUUUUUCUGAAGAUUGCAUUAUUUUGGAACCAAAAUCUGAAUCUGACGAUAAUGAUGUGCAGAUCAUUUCUUCUACUAGUGAUCAUGCUGAUGCUAAAAGGGACAAAGGGCCUCAACCUAAUGUUGAUAAAAGGACUGCUUUUUCAAUUGAUAGAUUUUCACAACAAUCUCAAGUUGCCAAGAAAUCUUUUAGCAUAUCUGCAACAUCAAAAAGUAUACCGACAACUUCAAAUAGCCAAAAUUUUACUACAGAGUGGCUCCGCAACCAGUUAGAUAAAGUAAAUAAGGAUUAUAGUUCAUUAAAAGAAGCUCUUAUAGCAAAAGAUGGAGAGAGUUCUUUACUGAGAGGAAGGCUUCAAGAUGCAGAACAGGAGAUACAGAAAAUCAAACAACAGUGGCAAACUGCUUCUUCAAAAGAAAGAAUGAAGUUUGAAGAACAAAUAAAAUCAUUGGAAAAACAGCUCAACACUGCAAAAACUCAAAUUUUAUUUAAAUCCAAAGAAGCAGAAUCAAACCUAGAAAGAUAUCUUGAAAUAAAAAGAUUGAGCAUUAAGGAUCCCGAAUUCACACAAGUAAAAUCAUCUAACAGUAGAUUUAGAAUGUUUCCUACUGUUAUCGAGCCUCCUGCAAUUCAAGAACAAACUGGAGACGUAUUUGUUAAAAAAAACAAAUGUGAAAUCUCUACUACAAAAAAUGUUGAUGCUGGAAUUUUAAAACUAGACACUAAACCGAAUAUGGGAAAAGAACUAGAAUUCUUCAUACAUCCUGAUUUAUUCAAUGAAGCAGCAUUAGAAUUCAAUUUUGUGAUUCCACCUUCUACUGAUUAUUAUCCGUUUAAUGUCAUGUAUAAAGACAUAAAAGAAAUGCCUUCUGAUGAUUCGUCUUGUGAGCCAUUAAAUUUGUACAAUAUUUGGAAGGUAAAAAGAGAAUCAUUUGGUGAAAUUAUGUCUAAUGUCAUAGACAUUACAAAUGAUAGUGAUUCUGACUCUGAUUCAGAUAAAGAAACCCCUCAAAAAGAAAAAUCCCUUUAUGAACUUUUAACUGUUUCGGGUUUAGCUCUUAAAAGUGUAAAUGAUGAUUUUUCUCCAUCAAAAACCAUCAUAAGCAAAAAUAAAACUUUGGAAGAUAAGAAUACAUUUAAAAAAGAAAAUGGUUCAGAUAAAAAAAUCUCCCAAAAUGUUGAAUUGGUGCAAAAAAUAAGAGGAAGUCAUCCACGAUUAGCAUACUUAGGGAAAUCUCGAUAUUUUACAUCGCUAAGGGAAAUCUAUUUACCCUUAAUAGAAAUGUGUAAAUCAUCUUCAUGGGAACAGAAAGCUGUUGAUGAGGUAUUUAAACAUGUGAAAAACAUGACUAGGGAGUUAUAUGUAGCAAUGUGUGAUCCAUCUGUAGAUGCUUAUUUUAGCACAAUACAUUUGAGAGAUAAUCAAAUUAUUGACUCCUGUUCUGACAUAUCUGAACUCAAGUUGGAAUAUAACAUUUUCUCUUCCAAGAAAUGGAGGGACAAAGAAAUUUAUGUUGAUUUGCGGAGAGGAAUUGCACUAAUUAAAGUUUUAUGUGACUUAGACCCUAAAUGUAUGGAAAUCAUAUUGAAUUCUGCUCUAAACAAAUUUCCUUGUGAAUUAUCUGCGAAACCACAAAAAAAACCAGCAUUUUUUUAUGGGAAAAAUGGUUUAUGUUGUUCUAAGAAUAUUAUGAAACAGCCAUCUACAGUGAUGAAAAAUAAAUUUGGAAAUGAUCUAAGUAAACAAAAGAAAACAGAAGUUAAACUUGAUGAAAGAUUGGAGAACCCUCUUCAAGAAAGUUUUAAAAAGGAUCAAGAAUGUAGUGAUGAAUGUCAUAAUCUUGAAAAUCUAUCAAAGGUUAGAAAGCAGAUAAAGAUAAGGAAUAAACAACCUAGACCAGUCUGCUAUCUUAUUGAACCUUCAGAACCGUUGUCUUGGACUUUUGUGGAUGAGAGUAUUCAAACAGCUCCAGGAAAUGAGUACUAUAUGAAUUUUGAUGAAGAAGAAGCUUCCUCAAAUGUGAAUAUUACUAUUGUUUAUGCAGAUGAUGAUUGCAAGGAAAAAGCAGCGUCUUGUUUUAUUGAAAAUAGUGAUGAAGAGGAAGUAAGUGAUAACCAGUCACCCAAAAUAAAUAUCAGUAAAGACCAUUCAUCAUUGGUAAUUAAACAAAGUUAUAUGAACCCCUCAGGCAGUAAUAUGCAUCCAGUUAUACACAAAGAAGUAAAAUUAAAACCAAGACAGUUUGAAGAACCCAGUAAUAAAAUGCCUGAGGAUUUGAAACUUGCUGAAUUUCUGAAAAAAGAAGUUAAUAUUGAAUUGUUGGACUUAAAUAAAAUGGAAACCACCAAUCAAUUAAACUUACUGGACAGCACUAUAAAGAAAGAUCAGCAAGGAUGGGUUGAAGCAAUAAAAUCUCCCCUAUUAACAAUAAAUAAAAAGUCUCCCACUAGGCAGAUGAUUGUUUUAAGGGAUAAUGCCUGUUGCUCUGAUGCUGAAAAGGAGUUUCUAACUUGUGCACUGUCUACUUUUAACAAGAUAAAGAACAAUAUGAAAAUUGGAUACAGUAAUGAGGAAGAUAAAGGGAAAAAAAGAAAAUUUUCAGAAGACAGCUCAAGACAUUCAAAGAAAUUGGCUCUGGAUGUACUGUAUGCAAAGGACGAUGUUGCUGAAAGAAGUUGUAUAACCAUUGAGAUAGAAGGUAAACUGAUAAGUGAGAAUAUUAAACCUAUAGCAAGUCAUUUUUCUUUUAAAAAGAAACGUGAUGUUCGACCAUUACGUAAGUCAAUUAGAGAUGAUGCUAUUCCAGGAACGUCAAAAGAUGAACCAAACUUAGAUCAGGAAAUUGAAAUGGAGAUACAAAAAAUUUUUAACAAACCUCUAGAACCAAAAUCUAAUGAAAAAAAGAAAGGAAAGCCUAAGGAAAUUGAUUCAUUUAAUUGUGACGAUUUACUCAAAACAGAUAGAUUAAAGUAUUUUAGUAUUCUAGCUCAUUCUGGUGAUUUUCUUGUGCUUUUAUUUGAAAUAAUUCGAGAAAUUGGAAGGAAGGUAUAUACAACAAAUUUUAAUUAUCUUUUUGCUGUUAUUAUAAAUCUCAUUCAUACGUUAUUGAAGAAUGGUAAUCCUGGACUUAUCCAAAGAAACUUUUUAUUUGAUAUCCUUCAAGAAAUAUUAUAUUGCCGCCCUUCUCCAAUUGCUCUUUUACAGAUCAACAAGCUAUUAGUAGAUGUCAUUCCGUUUCAACCUUUUUUAACAUCUUUAAUGUGUCACAAUGCGAACUCUAACCAUAUGGUUAUUGACUCAGAACCUGUAUUUUUCACUAGAGGGGCAUGUUUUAUAGAGGUGAUCAGUAACUUAAUAGAUUACUUUAUGAAUGAGUCUGAUUGGGAAAUCCAGAUUUAUUGUGUUAGGUGGCUUUCCUAUAUGUAUCUAAUUGAAAAAACUACUAUAGAAGAAUGGUAUUUAACCCAGAAAACCGUUUACAGAAGGUGUCAUUGUCUAGUAUUGCUUACCAGCAUGGCUGUUAAAAUAUUUGAAACAGCUUCAUCCUAUUAUUUACGUUCUUGUAUCGAAAAUAGACUUACCUAUUUGCUAAGUUGCCAAUUACUCGAAAUAAUACAAAGUGGGGUAAAAAUUUUAUACGUUAUGAUUGAUUUUGACAAACAUUUUUCGGAAAAUAUUGGUGACCGUUAUGGUAUGUUUCUACGAUUCUUAGACACUGUGAAACUUAUACAUAGAAGCCCUGAACAGUUUAAAGAAUUUAACACCAAUAACAAGGAUUUGGAUAUUGUACAGCUACUCUUGAUUGAAGAAAAAGUAGUUGAUAGUAUAGCUAAGAGCUCCAAAACUUCUGAAACAAUUAAUGAAAUGGCGGAUCUGUUCAGUACACACUACGAUUGGCCACCAAAGUCAUUCCAAGGUGACAAUCUAUUUUUGUCUGAACUCUCUGAGUGAAUAUAUAUUUAUUGGCACUAAAGUUUCACAAUAGAUCACAUUUGAUAAAAUUAGACUUGGCAAGAAUAUUUCUCAACAAUUUAUUCAUAAUGAUAAUGUAAUAUCAAUCAAAUGUUUUUAUUUACUCUUUUUUAAUGUGGUAAUUUCUAUAAAGUUUAUGGAUAAAAGUGG